GCAUGUUUUGUUGACAUAGAUUAUCAAUGGCACGGCUAUUCCUACUUUCGCUUUCGGUUCUGUCAUGAAUUUCACAGAAGCCCUCGUGAUAGCGUCAUCGUCUGUCGUCGUGUAACACUAGGACAUGUAGUUCUCCUACUCGUCAACACAUCCGAGAUCUACUGACGCGGAAGUGCACACAAUGGACCCGGACAGCCCGAGGAGCCAGAAGUCUCUGAGUACGUCGUCCUCGAGUGAGGACAUAUCCCGACCUUCCUCGGGAAACAAGUCCAUAGACGUCACAAGCAGUACUGUAGAAAUACGCCGCCAUUCCUUGGAUGACAGUGAAGAUGAGGAGAGACGGUUACAUACACGAGAUGAGAAUCCCCCAGAGACCGCCAUCGAACAGCACUCGGACUCCCCAACCCCACCUCGUGCCAACAACAGAAAGACAAACCCUGGGAAACAAGAAACAUCAGAAACGUUCUCAGCGGAAUAUGGCAGUGCGUCCAAGAUUGACUCUAUCAAGGAAGCUUCCCCUUACAUAAAAAAGGACGAUACAUCUGCUUUUGGUGUCACAAUGCCUUCUCUUUUUUCACCUCCACCUAUUGCCCAGGUACCGUCAACUGAGAAAUCCUUCACAACCAAACAUGGCGUCAGUAUCAAGAUCUACGUCGGGAACAUUACCAAGGUCAAGGCAGACGCCGUGGUCACGGGCGACUCCCCCAGCUCUAGAGACAUGAGUAUGGUGACCCGAUCUCUGUGCAGCCUCCCGGGUGGGAAUGAGUUCAAGGACAAGAGAGAGGCACGGCGGGUCUCUAAGGGCACCCUGCAGGAUGGCCACGUGUACACAGUUCAUACGAAGAACGACAAGUUCCCCUUCAAGUACGUGCUGCAGGCGGUUGUCAGCCCCUACGAUGAACGCAAGAGUAGAAACUGGUUGAAGACCCUGAAGAUACUGUACAGGAAUGUAUACAGGAAGGCCGACGACAAGGACAUCAGCUGCAUUGCUAUCCCGCUGCUUGGAACAGGACGCGGUCGUGGCACUGCUGAGGAGUCUGUUGAGGCCGCUGUGAGGACAUUGUACCGGCACCGUCCCGUGUGUCUGGAAGAGGUCCACUUCGUCAGUCUGGACAAUGACAUCAAUGAUUACUUCCAGGUCAUCUGCGAGACCUCCUGUAGUCUCAGUGAUGAAUCCAGCUCAGAAGAUGAGCCUGACACCACAGAGCCAGAUGAGGUUCCUGCCUUCCCAUCUGCAUUCGCUACACAAGCAGGUCCCGUGUCUACAUCACACACGGGUCCACGGUUCACAUCUGAUCCAGUCGGAGUGUACCCAAGUACAACAUACACGGGUCCUAGAUCCACUGGAUUGUACCAAAGUCGAGCCAACACGGUUCCCCGAUUCACGUUGGGUCGAUCCGGAGCAUACCAAGGUGGAGCAUACAUGGGUCCCCGGUUCACGUCUGGUCCCCCCAGAGCCUACCCAGGUAGACCUCACACAGGUCCUCCACCUAAACCUGGCCCAGGUGGGGUCUACUCGACAACAGCACAUGCAAGUACAGUGAGGUCAUAUAAGAAAUCCCCACCACAGACGUUGCCCCUAACAUCUCCUGUGGCUGCCAGUCCACGCCCGAAAGCUCCUGUUGGAGGGGUUUCCGUAUUACCCGGCCAGAAGAACGAGGACGUGCCGACACAAACUAGGGAAGACCGGAUACAGAAGCUUAUCAAACAAUCCAAUAAAUCCACGGCUGUGUCUGAAAAAGAUGCCAAAGACUUGCCUUUUGUGAAAUCUCUGUCCAUGACGGCUCUUCCCGAGCCUGUUGGAUACCCUCUUCGAGACGCAUGUCCACUGCAGGAUCUCAACCUCACUGAAGAUGAUGAAUCAGAAAACCGCUCCAGAGAUACAGUAAGCAGGAGUGACGACGACUCCCCUCGACAUCGGAACCAGGAGACUGUUGCUAAGUUUACACUUCUAGAAGAAGAGGACGAAGAGAAACCUAAAGACGAUGAAUUGGGUGAUACAAAUUCAAAAUCUGGUGAUGAAACUAGACUUAUAAACUUUAGUGAUGAAGAGGACUUUCAAUAUCCACCCUACAACCCUUUCAAUGGAGGGACCGCCAAAUAUGGAGCUUUUGAUGAAGCAGCGGGCGGUGGUUACCGUGAUGGGGAAGGGUUUUAUGAAGAUACGUACAGCGAUGUGGAUGAUGAUGGAGAAAUAGCUGCGGUGGAGUUUGAGCCGUCAAUAGAUGAAAACCUGAUCCAGAGGGGCAACCAGCCUCCCGGAACGAUGAUAGUUGCAACAUUUGACCACUGUCACGUGUCCGGGUUCGAUGACGUCGGCAUCAUCGUCAUCACUUAUUCCAUUCCAGGAGGAAAACAGACGGAGGAACACCCCCAUCCCGGGAGGUUCUACCGUGGUGUAAAUCGACGGGCCUUCCUCCCUGACAAUGAUAUGGGGAAAAAAGUAUUGCGCAUGCUCAAGAUCGCAUUUGACAGAAAGCUGGUAUUCACUGUCGGAAGGUCCCUCACUACCGGUCAACCGGAUGUGGUCAAGUGGGGUCACAUCAUGCACAAGACUAGCCAGGACGGUGGGCCCGACGAAUACGGUUACCCCGACCCCGAGUACCUCAUCCGUGCGGUGGAAGACCUAGCUAAUCUCGGCAUCGUUGACGACACCAACGACGCAGUGGACGACAUGAACAGUCUACUUGAUGUUGAGAACGCCGAGUAGCUGUGUCCCGCCCGCAUGUUAAUGUCACUAGACAAGGAGAUAUACCGUAUUUCCUCGAUUAAACGCCCAGGCGUAUAUUUCUUUCAAAUAUUCUUUACCCCGGAUUAUAAUGGGGAGAAUUCCGUGCAUAAAAACUCCCCCGCGUUUAAUCGAGGAAAUAGGGUAAAAAGUAAACUAUGCCUGAAGUUGUAAAAUAAAUAUCUGUAUGUAUGUAGCCGUAUUUAUGUACAUUGCCGUUGUCACGCGUUUACCGGUGAUCAUGUGGUACAAAUUGCCACAAUUUGCAGUCGCGGUGCGACCUUUAGUCAUUUUAGGAUUCGUUCGUGGGUUCGAGUCCUAUAUUAGUCCUGAUGACCACUCUUGCUUUGCCAGCUCUUUGUCGGUGCUUAUGGGAGUAUAAAGGUCAACAUAUACGACUGUGAUCACUUUAAGCUGACCGCCAUGAUGUGACUACAAUUCUGAAUCACAUACACAACUACACACUAAAUAUGAUCUCAUUUGUCUGUAUGACACCCUAUAAAAAACAUGUUUGAGGUACAAAAUCGACUUCUUUAUAUCAUAUUCCUUUAGGGGCGGACUAUUUGAUGUUCUGGGACUAGCCUGGGAUUCUGUAUAGACGCAAGAUAUUUAUUCCGCUACAGAUUAUUAAAGUUAUGAGCCCAGCAACUGUGUACUUUGUUAGACAAUUUCUUUUUCAACAGUCUGAAGCCUAAUUAUUUUUUUAAACAUUUCCUGAAACAAAUAAUUACAAUUGUACUUGAGUGGCAUGUAAUAGAAUGACACCACUUCGAUUCUUACAGGCAAGGGAGGUAACUGAUUUUAAAAAUCCAAACGGGACUUUUAUAGUCACUUAAAUGCCUUGCCUCGGGAAGAUGCCAUUCUUACAGUGAAUAUAGUUUUGUUUUAUGGAUGGUAAAACUUAGUUGUCCUUUUAAUGGCUAUAUUCUAGGAGGACACGUAUGGUCAACAAAAUCGGUGACUAUAUUUACUUGAUAAUGAUACUGCUGAACCCACGUGUAAAGUGUUCUAUAAUCAAUCAGGCAACGAACAAUAAAUGUAUUCUGAUUUUAUGAUAGGUUGAAACCUACAUGUUAAAUGUUCCAUAGUUAAUUACGCCUUUUAUUGAAUAUAUAUAUAUAUAUAUAUAUGUGUGUUUAUUUCUAAUAUGACAUGGAGUUGGUAGUUGAAAUUAAAAUAGAAAUAUGUUUGGAAAAUCACUGUAGGAUCGAUGGAUGAAUUGAAUUGACGGCUCUCUGAAUCAAAUAAGAAUAUGUACUUAGUUUGAAAGAAUUUAGUAUUUUUGCUCCAAAACAGAAUUUCUCCUGGUUUAAUAUUACAACAGUCGAUGCUCGUGCAAUUGUAAUUUGUUGAAUGGCAUUAGCUAGUUCUCGCAAAGAAGGCCUACCAGACAAGUGUUUUGUGGCAACUGGUGUUGGUGGAGACAUGUAGUGAUCAGGUAGUAUGUGCAUCGGACAUAACACACAUCUCAUAACACCCAUUUCUAGGGUGACGCAUUCAUUGUUUGGAUCUAUCGAACCGGGUUUGUUGACUGCCCCUUGCCAACACAACAUUGCUGUUUUUCAAAACCACUAACAUGUUUCUGUAUCCAACUUUCAAGGUUGUGUCGAUACUUUAGUAACCUGUGAUAUUUAGUAUUAAACAUGAUUUACAUUCAUCAUGCAUGUCCGAUAAUGCUACUUCUUUGUGAGAUUAAACAAAUGACACUCAA